CAUCGUCCUCCCUGUGAGCAAGGAGCCACGUGACCAGCUCCCACUGCACUUCCUGUAGUUUUUGUUCAUGUUUGCAUGUGACGCCGUGCUGCUGCUGCUGCUGCUGCCGUGUUUUUAACACGAUGGACGCGGGAUAUCCUCCGUGUUUUGUCCGCCUGCUGCUCCAGCUGCUGCCGCUGCUGUGCGGCGCGGCUCCGGCUGCGGCUGCGCCGGCUGCAGGGAGCUCCGUGCCGGGCACAGGCAGGUUCUGGCACAUCACUGACCUCCACCUGGACCCCACCUACCACCUGGCUGAAGACCCCACCAAGGUGUGUUACUCCUCUAAAGGCGUCCCCGCCACUCACGCCGGCCUGUACGGGGACUUCCUGUGCGACUCUCCCUACCGUCUCAUCCAGUCGGCGUUCUCUCACAUGGCACCGCUCACGAGGCCGCAGGACUUCAUCGUAUGGACCGGUGACAGUCCACCUCAUGUCCCCGCCGAUGAGCUCUCUACAGACAUAGUGAUCCAGGUGAUCAGUAACAUGACCCAGACCAUCAGACAGCACUUCCCCAACCUGACUGUGUAUCCAGCCCUGGGAAACCACGACUACUGGCCUCAGGACCAGAUGCCGACCUCAACCAAUGACAUCUACAGAGCCGCUGCCCAGCUGUGGAAACCGUGGCUACAGCCUGAAGCUCUGCUCACACUCUCACAAGGUGGUUUCUACUCCCAGCUGGUAAAGCCUGGUCUGCGAGUGGUCAGUCUCAACACGAUCCUCUACUACGGUCCAGACAAAGUCACAAGUAACAUGACGGAUCCUGCUGGACAGUUCGAGUGGCUGGAGAAAACUCUGGAGAACGCUGCUCAGAGCCUGGAGAAGGUGUACGUCAUCGCUCAUGUGCCGGUGGGUUACCUGCCCUUCGCCAGAAACACCACUGCGAUAAGAGAGCGCCACAACGAGAGGCUGGUGGCCAUCUGCAGGGACUACAGUCAUGUGAUCGCGGGACACUUCUAUGGCCACACCCACCGUGACAGCAUCAUGGUGCUGUUGGACAAACGAGGUAAACCAGUGAAUUCUCUUUUUGUGUCGCCGGCUGUCACCCCGAUCAAACACGUUUUGGAGCCGUACUCCAACAACCCAGCUUUCCGGAUGUACUUGUACAACAGCAAGGACUACGCUCUGUUGGAUAUUUGGCAGUACUAUUUGAAUCUGACGGAAGCCAACGAGAAACAAAGAUCCGACUGGAGGCUUGAAUAUAUCAUGACUGAGGCGUUUGGACUGACUGACCUGCAGCCUCAGAGCCUGCUCCAGCUGGGCCUGAGCUUCAGGCUGCCGCAGACCAAAGCCUUCGACAAGUACUUCGCUCACUACAUGGUCAGCUACAACAGCAGCAUCGUCUGUGAGGGAGCCUGUAAGGUCAGCCAGGUGUGUGCUGUGCUCUACCUGGACCGACUGUCCUACUCCAAAUGUGUGGCGAAGGGAGAAUGAUAACGAAGGACUCGUCUCAGGAGUCAAAUUAUUUUUGAAUAUUUCUAUUUUUUAAUCUGUUGAAAUCAUGAAAAAGGGGAAUGCUCCUUAAUAUAUAUUUUUAAGCGCAAAUUGCACAAUUCCACCUUAAAUCAGUGGUUUAACAAAGAGAUAAUACUAUAAAUAUCUUGAUUAUGUUGAGUUGCAGAUCCUUCUUUAGGCUUUCUUACAGCUCAGUUUCAGAAGCAGCUCGUCGAUCCGCGGAGAAUACGCGGCUAUCACGGCGUCGGGCAGCACAGAGCACAAGAAAACAGUGUAGAGAAUCCAGUGGAUUUUCAAAAUAAAACACCCUGUGCAGACGACAGAUCGUUGGAAUAGACAAAAGGGAAAUUAACUUAACUAUGCAGCCAACUUAGAAGCACAUAAACCAAGAGAGAAUGACAAAGUAUCUGGAACUGAACUGAACUGGAGGGCCGUUGAGUUGAGUUGUCUCAGGGGUGAUCAUGAUUUUUAAAUGAUUCUUUAGGGAUUUGUCUCAGGGCGUCACAUAUCGUUUUUUAUCUUUUAAAUUUUAUAUUUUGUUACCUGAUUGAUGGAGUCAUGAAAAGGGAAAUUGCACCCAGAUAUCUAUCUGGAACAAACACUUUAACCCAGAUACAUCUUGAUGAUACUGAUCCUGCAUCUGUCUGAAAGCAUUAAAAAAAAAAAUCCUCCUCUGACUCGGCUGCUCCUCAGUUUUGAGGGUGAUGCAGAGCGGAUGAGGGAAAUCACUGAGGCAUUAUUUCUUUUCUUCGUUCUGAGUUAAAGCUCCUCAGUCCAUCACACAGGUUUACUGCCUGCCUCUCUUCUUGCACUAACGGAUUACAUCUAAUCUGCCAAACGUCGACCAUCACUUGAGCUGACGGUGUCCAUUAAUCACAAACACUGAACAGUAUUUAAAGCAGCGUUACGUAAGAGUCGAUAUUUUUCUAACCAGCGAGUAAAAGGUAAAAUAGUCACACAGUGUCGCUUUAAGUCGCAGUAAAUGAGUAAAUGAGUGAGGAUGCACAUGAGCUCCUCAGCGAAUACCGUGUAGUUUUAUUUUAUGUACACGAGACUAGUCACCCAACAUAUAAUUUAUUGGAAUAAAUUCAAGUAACCACCGUAGAGUUCAAGAUGAGGAAGAGGAAAAAAUACUCAAAAAUAAAUUUAUUUACACGUUUGGCAUGAGAUAACUGAACAAAAACACAGUUUUUAUUAUUUCGCUGUAUCUUUAAAGUUUGUUCUGUCCUAAAAAUGUAUUUUCAUGUGAACUAUCCCCCUAAUUUUCAGUUAAUAACAUCAUUGAAACACAUUUGUUAAAUAUUAAACUUUAACAAAAGCGUGAGAACAGUUCAAUCUACCAGAAAUACUGAAAAGUGAAACAUGAAUGGAGAACAUAAACAUGUUACAUAUCACAGAGAGUAUUGGUUUUAAGUGCAGUGCAGUUUAUUUUUCUACUCAAUGAAGAUCUCUUUGUGUUUUUUAAAUCAGGUUGAUGAAGUCGGUGAUCUUGUGUUUUCCAGAUGAUACAACAAUAAACAGAACACGUUUGUCUCUCAGUGACUGACCUCAUCCGACCCUC